ACUGCCAGUGCGCGAGCCCGGUGUCGUGUUUACGGGACACGGGCUGCGGUUCACCGACUCGCGCGUUCACAUGAUCUGAACACAUAAUGAUCGCGCUUCUCGUGUUUGUAACUCUCCUCUGAGUGCGCCAUUAACGCGGGACGGACGCGUCAGUGCGGCGGAAACGACCGUUUUGAUGAUGUAUCGCUCUCUGUUCGCCUUCAGCUCUGCGGAGCGGAACGCGCUGCGCUUCCCCGCGGGAGAGACUUUCCUCAUCCUCGAGCGCAGCAGCGCGCACUGGUGGCUCGCGACGCGCUGCAGCUCCGGAGAGACGGGAUACAUCCCCGCGACAUAUAUUGAGAAAAUACCGGCUCCAGAGCAGGAUGAGGUGCUGCAGUCUAUUGAUCGAGCCAUUGAAGCCAUUCACAAUGUGGCCAUGACCAACGGAGGCAAAUACAACCUGGAGCAGAGAGACGUCCUGCAGAAGUUGAUCCACCACAGGAAGGAGACACUGUCCCGCAGAAGCCCGACUCCAUCCGGCCACAAGCAGAAAAUCCCAUCAUCCUCCAGCGAGGUGUCUCUGAGCCGCACGCCGCAGCCGCCCAAUGGCCUGAGCCGAGCCUACAGCUGCCAGGGCAGCGAGCCGAUGUCAGAGCGCAGCGCUGGUGCUCCUGGACUGUACCAGGUUCCUCCUCACCCUCGUAGAGCGGCACCUGUAACUCCGCCUCCUCCGGAGAAACACCGGGAGUUACGACGCAUCGACCCGGAAGUGCCAACGAGAGUUUCCUCAACAAGCCCCGCCCCCAGCUCUGUACCUGCUGCUGGACCCUCUCUAUCUGUCAGCUCCGCCUCCUUAGACUCCAGCUCCUCCCACUCAGCCGUUUCCUCAGAUGUCAGUCUUCCCAGCAUCAGCAGCACUCCGCCCCCUGUGCCAAAACGAGGCAAGGCUCCGCCCCCUCCUCCGCCUGACCGAUCCCCCCAGGAAGAGCCUACGAAAAAGAGCCCAGCACCGCAACUGAUUAGUGCACAGGCCCCGCCCCCUUCUCCAGACUCUUCUAAAAAGAGGCCAGCGCCUCAGCCAAUCAGUUCACAGCCUGCUGCCGAAUGCCAAUCGGACGCGGAGUGGCCACUGGCCCCGCCCUCUGUUUCUCUCAGCCCCCUUGGUAGCCCCACCCAGUCUGCAGCCGUUCCCACGACGAUCGGAGCGGAACUGAUUGAACUGGUGCGCAAAAACACGAACCUUAGUUACGAGCUGUCGCGGGUUGCCGUGGGCGUGGUGGUGGGACACCUGCAGAGCGCUCUGCCGAAGGCGGGGCCGGAGCUGGAGCACGUGCUGCUGUCACUGGUGGAGAGUAAGGACCAGAGCUCGGCGCUGCCGCUCGGACAGGUGUGUCACGACGAGCAGCGGCUGCAGGUGAUCUUCGGGGAUCUGGCGCGUCACCGUGACGACUCUCAGCAGCGCAGCUGGGCGCUGUACGAAGACCACGCGCUCAUCGCCUGUUACCUGGAGGAGCUGCUGCAGAUACUGACUGACGCCGAUCCUGAGGUGUGCAAGAAGAUGUGUCGUGUGAACGAGUUCGAGGCGGUUCUGUCGCUGGUGUCGUACUAUCAGAUGGAACACCGUGUGUCGCUGCGGCUGCUGCUGCUGAAGGUGUUUGGUGCCAUGUGUGGUCUGGACGCUGCGCUCAUCUCCACCCUCCUCAACUCCGUGUUGACCAUGGAGCUGGCGCGAGACCUGCAGACGGACACUCACGAGCAUGAGAAGAUGUGCUACAGCGCGCUGCUGAUGGCCAUGAUCUUCUCCAUGGGCGAGCAGAUCCCGCUGCAUCACUACGAGCAUCUGAACGCCGCGUUCCUGCAGUUCCUGCUGGACGUGAUUGAGGACGGUCUGCCCUCCGACGCCACCGAGCAGCUGCCCGAUCUCUUCAUCAACCUGCUGCUGGCCUUCAACCUCCACCUGAGUGUACCGGAGACUAACAUGGUGAUGCAGGCGCUGAUCAAGAGACACAACGUGAAGAUUCUCACCGAGAAACUCUUAUUACUGCUCAACAGAGGAGAGGAUCCCGUCUGUGUGUUCACACACUCUCCUCCCGCGCCGCACGCCGUGCUCAAGUUCCUGCAGGACGUGUUUGCCAGUCGAGACACCUCAGAUAUCUUCUACCGCUCGGAUCUGAUGGUGAUGAUUGACAUCGCGGUGAGGCAGAUCUCAGACCUGUCGCCUGGCGAUCGAAUGCGGAUGGAGUAUCUGUCUCUCAUGCACGCCAUCAUGCGCUCCACCGACUACCUGGAGCACCAGCACCGGCUGCCGGACCUGCGGGCGGCGCUGCAGAGGAUCCUGGGAGAGGAGGAUUGUGGGGAGGAUCCGGGCUCGAGCGCCAGCGGACAGAUGGACAAACUCAUCGUGCAGCAGAUCUACAAGGAGUUUCCUCAAAUCUGUGGGAACUGAAUCUGUAGUUUAAGCCGGAUCAGUCUAGAUCAGGGAACGCUGUUCCUGGAGAUCCACCUUCCUGCAGAGUUCAGCUCCAGCCCUGAUCAACACCUGGAUCAGCUGAUGAAGAUCUCCAGGAGCAGACAGCUGUGUUGAUCAGGGCUGGAGCUGAACUCUGAUCAGGGUUGGGCACCCCUGCUCUAGAUGGUGUUAAACUGCUUCAUAUCUUUCAUGAACCUGUAGAAACAGUCUUAAAAAUUACUGCAAACCUUCACUAAGCGCUUAUCAAGUAUUACUGUGAUGUUAACACCUCUUCAGGCCGUCCCUCACUGGUUAACCUCACUAAUCCACUUCUAUUAGUGACCUUCAGCUUUAACCCUCUAAUUACUAACCCUAACCCUUAAUCGUGGCCCCUAACUAUCCUCACUAGUUAGUGGAGUAUGAGUUUACAGUAUUGUCACAUUGAUGUGUUUAUCACGCACUGCUGCCUCUGUGUUUCACAGGUUUGUGCUCGUUUCUGUCAUAAACAUCGGAUGCAGAUUUGUGCUAAAUGAUCUAUUUUUCCUCUUUCCAGUUUUUGUUCAGAAGGGAAACGUGACAUAAUAUAUUUUCUUAACGGUGAAAGACUAAUAAAAUGCUGCCAUCCUAAUGCAUCUAAA